AUGGGGAUUUUCCUGGAGAGCAAGACAUUACCUCCUACAGUCCAGGCCUACAUCUGGCACCUACCAUACCUACUCUCAUACGCCGGCUUCAUAACCGUCCGGGCCUCCUACGAUGUCGUCGAGUCAAUGCUACUGGAGAUCCUCUGGUUGGCAUUUGCGAUGGCUUGGGGAACCAUCAAAGUCUGGGAUACGCGCGCUGCAGCGUCAUGGAACUAUGACGGCUACAACUUUACUCUUAACCAGAAGAUUUCUGAGGAGAACUCCUGGGGUUUCGGCCAAACUUUACCGUUGAUCUUGCUUCUACUACCGCUUCUCUCUAUGGCACAGGCGUAUCUUGACGACGACGCAAAAGCUCAAGAAGCGUUGCGAACAGACGAGGACACAUCCUCCCCGCCUAGAACGGCGGCGACCGAGGAGACGGAGGAUCCGAGCGCCGUCGACCCAGACCCAUUCGAUUCUGAGAACUGCCGUCGGCUCGUUAACCUUCCAACAUACCCCUACGAGAACUUCGCCUCGCACGACUGGUAUCACGAUCACUUGAUCCUUCUGGUGUCCCAGAUUAUCAUGGUCAGCACCGUCGCGCUUUUCUUUCUCACGCGCUUAGCAGACAUCUUCGGCAUCUCCUCUAUUCUACGCAGUAGACUCUUCGUCAUCUGGAUUCUAGCUAUCUUACCGCUGGCGUCGUUCAUUCACCUGGCAGCAUGGUAUCUUGCAGCUUUAGUGGUCGGAGAGGGCACGUGGUGUACUGGAUAUGGCGAGUGGGGCUCAUAUUAG